CCACGUCCGGUGCAGAGGAGUAGAGCUUAUCAUAUAAGUUACUUGGAAUACCGAGAAGCUGUUGACUGCACCAGCCAUCGUCUUCGUGGUUUUCACCCCGGCUUACAACCUGACAGGUCUGACCGUGACACGGCCCAAACACAGUAUACCCGAGCAGCCAUGGCUUUCCGGCGUCUCGUGCGAUUUGUCAAUGCCCAGGGCGUUACCAGCUACGGCGAUCUCAAGGGUGAGCCAGUGGGCGACUUGACUGGCGCGGAAGUCGAGGUCCUCGAGGGUGAUGUUGAGAAUGGCCUCCGAAGAACCGGCAGGACAGACAAGAUCGAGAAGCUGCUGUGCCCUCUGCCCAGAGUUCCCAUCGUCAUCUGCAUCGGGCUUAACUACCAGAGACAUGCCACCGAGGCAAAUCUCCGGGUUCCGCCAUACCCGGUAGUCUUCACCAAGCCAGCAGAUGCGCUGACCGGACCCCUCGAUCCCGUCUCGGUCCAUCCGGACGCUCAGGGCAUGCUCGACUACGAAGGGGAACUGACGGUCGUGAUGGGCAAGGACGCAAAGAACGUGUCCGAGGCCGAGGCGCUGCAGUACGUGCUGGGUUACACGGUCGGCAACGACGUGUCGGCCAGGAACUUCCAGCUGCCGGAUACUUCCGGGGGUCAGUUCUGCUACGCAAAGUCGUUUGACGGCUUCGCGCCCAUCGGCCCGUGCAUCGUGUCGGCCAGCCUGAUCCCGGAUCCGCAGAAGCUGCACCUGGUUACCAAGGUCAAUGGUCAGAUCCGGCAAGAGACAGAGACGUCGGAUAUGAUCUUCUCCGUCGCCAAGAUCAUUGCGCAUUUGAGCCGCGGCACGACGUUGCGCAAGGGAACGAUCAUUCAGACGGGAACGCCGAGCGGUGUCGGGCUGUUCAUGGAGCCUAAGGGCUUUCUGAAGGAUGGUGAUGUUGUUGAGGUUGCCAUUGAUGGGAUUGGUGCGAUACGGAAUAAGAUCUUGUUUGAGUGAUGGUAAGAUAGGUAUCACUGCCUCUGUAGCGCCGUCUUGGUCAGCGUUGAGGCUCCCGAUGUCGGGUCCCAAUGUUCUAAAAAUGAAAUUUGUGGAAAGUGACGUGACGUGCAGUGAAGGUGUGAAUGUUGGCGGCUCCA